CAAAAACUCAACCAUUACCUUCUGGAAUACCACCCUGGAGGAUGAGGGAUGUUACAAGUGCCUCUUCAAUACCUUUGGUGCUGGGACGAUCUCGGGAGAAACCUGCCUUACCCUCUCUGCCCACAGUAUCCCUUCACUAUAAAUUCUUUCAAGACCACCUAAAUAUCACUUGCUCUGCCAAUGCCCGCCCAGCUCCCGUGAUCUCCUGGAAGGUCUCAGGGUCAGGGAUGGAGAACAGUACUGAGAUUCUCUCACAUCCCAAUGGGACCACGUCUGUCACCAGCAUCCUCUAUGUCAAAGAUCCCAAGAGUCAAGUGGGGAAAGAGGUGACCUGUCAGGUGCUGCACCUGGGGACUGAGACCAACUUUACGCAAACCGUGAACAAAGGCUUCUGGUUUUCAGUUCCAUUAUUGUUAAGUAUUGUUUCCUUGCUAAUUCUUCUGGUCUUAAUCUCAAUCUUAUUAUACUGGAAACGUCAUCGGCACCAGGACCGAGUGAGAAGUCACUUCUCAAAGUUAGCCAAGUCAAGGAGCAGAUUGAGAAUUGUAGGGGAGUCAAAUAGAACCCUGAAACUUAUUCUCUGGUCUACUAAAUAUGACUCAGAAAGAAAACGGGAGGAAAAGUACUGUUCUCCAAGAAAUCAAAUGAGCAAAAAAAGGUGGGCGUUAAAGGCAUGUGCAUUUGAAGACUUUUCACUGCCAUCUAAGCUACACUGUGCUGUGUGAGUUCCAAGAGGAAAUGCUUUGACCUCUCAGGUUUUUGCAGAUUUUGUGGAGUAAUGCAGAGUUGAGCUAUUGAAAGGACGCUGGACUUAGAAUCAGGAGCCACAGCGGAGGGGUUGUCUUGACACUGACUGGUAGCAACCCUCUGUUAGUCAAGGAAUCUCAAGAAGCUUCCAUAUCUGUGUUUAGAAAAUAAAGGCUUUGGAUCAGAUAAUUGGUUAUUGAGCUCUAAAAAUGGAUGUGAUACGGAAGAGAAGCAGAGAGAAAAGAAGUGAACAAGAGAGAGAAGAGAGAAAGAUUAAAGACCAAAGAGCCUUUGUGAAACUGUUAGGGGGAAAGGAUGUCCUGAGCUAAUUCAAUACAGGCUUUGUGGACUCCACCCCCACUCCUGACCAAAGGGAUCGGGACAUUGGGAAAGACAAAUCCCAGCUCGGGUGAGGACCCACAGCCAGGCAACCCAUUUUGUAUCAGGCUGUCCUGUAACAAAACUACACUACCUUUGCUUGCUCUUGAUGUUAUGUCUCUUCUUCCCUUAUUGUUCUUAGGCCCGUAAGUCUGUUUCCUUGUAGAAUCUCCAACCCUCCUUGUUAUUGGGGCUAUUGUCCAGCACUUGUUUUCUAUUCACUACUUAGCUCUCUGGUUUCUUUUCACUGGAACUCUUCACAUUCUUCUGCGAGGUUUACCAUGAUAAGGGACUGAAUUUAUAAUCAAUUAACAUUGGCAGCCUUAACUUAAAUAUUUUUACAGCAGAAUAAAAAUUGUUAGUCUUAUCAGCUCACAUUUUUGACAAAGCAUGCAUUUUUUGUCCAUCUCUCAUAAUCUAGCUCUAUUUCAGUCAUUCUGAAUUUAGUCUAGUAUGAUGAAAAUAUAUCGUGAAGACAGACAUUUAGGAGGUCUCUUGAAUAGCAGUGAGCCAAUUCCUAUGUUUUGUCUUUCUUGACUUCUUUUCCCAGGACUUAACUUCUGACAAUAGCAGAGGGAGCAUGUGUGAAUAUACAAAUCCUUUUGUUUUAGGGGAACAAUUUUGAAUUAUCGAAUAAUCAUAAGAGCAAAUUAGUGACUUUUCUGGUAUCUUUUCUUUUUCUUUUUUUUUUAAAGAUUGAUUUAUUUUUGCAUACAAGAACUGGGGUACAGGCCAGAGGCUUGGGAGGGUGAGAGGAUUCACCAGAGACAGAGUGGGGAACAGAACAGGCAGAUUGACUGAAACACACUGCUGAGGGGAGUAGCAGGUGAGGCAGGAGAGGUCUGCUGCACCAUGUGGGCUGCUCCCUGGCCAGGGACGGAACUCGUGCUGCAGAGGCUGUGGAUAGCUUCAUAGGUUGUGUCUUAACACCUUGCGCCACCAGGGAAGUGCCUAUCUUUGCUUUGUUGUCUUUGUCAGUGACCUAGGAACUAAAAGUUUUGUUCUGUUUUUUUUUUUUUUUUUUUUACUGUUGCAUUGGAUAUUUAUAUAUUUAGAAAGCUUUUAAUAUGGUAUUUAAUUCUUUAUAAUUUCUUAUAUUUGUAUUAAAAUACUGAAUAAUUAAAAACAUCAAUUCAAAAUAUUUGGCUUAUGAUGCUCUCUUGAGAAAUGUGCAAAUUAAUGGUAAUUCCUGCAUUUUUCCUGUGUGUAUGAAAUCCUCUCUUACCUCUUAUUUCUUAUCCACUAAAAGAUGCCAAUGACAUUUAUUGCAGUCACAAAUCAGAAUUUCCUUCUUUGGACAGUGGGAACUCCUGCAAGUUGGUGCCUGUGUCCUUUUAACAUGACCUGGUCAAUUCUGGAGCAUUUCCCUCUAUGUAUUUCUGAUUUUGCUAAUAGAAAACAAGCUCACAGAGUUUUGAAUUUAGUAGUAGUUACCAGCAUGCUUCUAUAUUGGUCUCAUUCCUGAAUUUCACCAGAAUAGGUGCCAGAUCAGGCAGGAUAACUUAAAGCAGCACAUUUAGGUCUCAGGCUUUUGUAUGCUUGAAAACGUUAUUGAGGGCCCUCAAAGAGCUUUCAGAGAAAGUAAACUAUAUCUGUUGAUGUUUUUCAUAUUUGAAAUUUAAACUCACACAUCUUAAAGACAAAGAUACAAGCAUGCACACAUUUAGUCAUCAGAAUAAUGCCAACAUCAUAUAUCAUGCAGCUUCUGGAAAACUUCACAGCACUGUUGUAAGAGAACAAAAGUGAAAAGGCAAAUAAUAUAUCGGCAUUAAUUAUGGCAAUAGUUUGACUUUGUGAACCCCUGAAAUUGUUUAAGGGACAGUGGUGGAAACUGCUCUCUUGAAGUAUAAGCAAACAAGGAGAAGAUUUGAUGAGUUGCUCUCAAAGAACACCUUACUAAACAGCCAUCUUCCCAGUGCUGAGGUAUUCUACCUCACCACCAUAACUUUUGUUAGAUCAUUACCUUUCUGGGAGUUCCUCCGAAAAUCAGAGCAUCUUAAGACUAAUCUUUCAUUACUAAUAAUUCAGUUUAAAUUGACUUAUUCAAUGGCGUGUCAGUUACUUUGCAGGAUAUUGAGAGACUUGGACUUAAAAUAAGUUGGCUUUUAUGGAAAAGACUUAGGAGGGUAAAAGAGAAAUGAAAACAAGAGGGCACAGGAGCAUUUCAGAGCAUGUGGCUUUGCCUGAGAAAGCUGGUCCCUGGAGAGCACUUCUCUUUCCCUACAAACUCUUGCCCUCUUAACCCUGAGAGGGCCUCAACAACUUCCCCUACAUUCAUCCUGAACCUUUCGAUGAGAGGUACUUCUUGGGAAUUUGUGAAUUGGAAAGGGCUUGGCUUUGCAUAUUUGAAUAAGAUAGAAAGUUCCCAACAUUUGAGUCAAUCUGAGUAACUCAAUCAGUAACUCAAUCAUAAACAUUUAGAAAAAUUCCAGGCUGGUGGUAAACCUUCAUGGAGAUACAGGAAAACAAAAGAAGCCUUUAGGUGCUUAAAUAAAACUAAAACUGAAGAUAAAGAUGGGGGAAGUAGCCAGAAGAUAAAAAAUUCAUUAUUAACAGAUUAGAUGACAUUUCAUAAGUCAAUGUUUGAAGAGUAUAAAAUCCAUAUUGUAACUAGGGAUCAAUCACUUUGGAUAAAAUAGUGUUGUUUUCUUUUUUAAAGAUUUAUUUUUAUUUAUUUAUACAAGCACUGGGUACAGUCAGAAGCGUGGGAGGGUGAGAGAAUUCACCAGAGCCAGAGCGGGGAACAGAACAGGCAGAGUGACGAAGUACACUGCUGAGGGGAGCAGCGGGCGGCAGGAGAGGUCUGCGCGCCUUGUGGGAUCCUCCUCCGGUGGCCGGGGAGCAGCCGGGGAUCGAAUCAGCACUGCAGAGGCCGUGGGCAGCUUCGCAACCCAGCGCUCAACCGCUGCGCCACCAGGGAGGCCCUGGAUAAAAUAGAUUUAUGAACCAGCUUUCUUCUGUGAUUCAUCUUGGCUCAGCAAGAAAGAGAUUUAGUUUUUUAAAAAAUGAACCUUCCUAAAUUAGUUCUUCUCAACUGUAAUGUUUUGUUUUUAAUGUUUGCUUUCAAGAUAUUCCAGAUUUGAGCUCAUUCUCUCUGCCACAGCUGCCCAGGCUAAUUAACCUGCACAAGGCCACACAGCCCAACUUUGUAGAUAUGAAAAAUGAGGCCCCAAGUUUUUCAGUCUCUUUCAUUUGUGAAUACUGGAAAUGUGAAGCACAGUUGAAAUUCCAACUCCCAAUUCCAGGUUCCUCGCCCAGAAAUCUCUCUGUCCUUCUACUCCUACUGGGAUUCAUGUGCUAUGUGCUGUUUGUUAAUAUUAUCACUCUAUCAACAUAUUUAGAAUCCAACUCCUACCUCCAACUCCCUACUACCUGUCUCAAACCAUCCUUAUUCCCCCCCCCUCAGAUUGUUGCCAUCACCUUCUAAUUAAUCUCUGCUUCUGUUUUCUCCCUCUUUUAAUCUACUCUCAUUACUGUUUCAAAAUGUAAGUCAAGACAAAUCAUUCUUCUGCAAAAAAUUUCUAAGUGUGUCCCUUGGUAUUCAGAGUAGAAGCCAAAGUCUUCACAUAGGUUAUGAGAUGAAGUAAUUGGCCUUUCUUUACUCACUGAAAUAAUCUCUGACUCUCUUCCUGCAGAUCAGGAGGGUAUUUCACUAACAUGCAGACAUGCUUCCACCACAGGGACUGGCUGGCUGUCACUCUUUUCUCUGUCUGAAGUGUUUUUCUUGCAUCUAGAUAGCCACAUAGCCUAGAAGUCCUUUCCCCUGACAAAUUCUAUCACCUCCAUUGCACUCAUCCCUUUCUAGCAAGCUAUAUGCUUUACUUACUUAUUUUUUUUUAUAUUAUCUGCUUCCUUUCAUUAGAUUGUAAGCUUCAUGAAGGUAGAGAUUUUUAUCUGUUUGCUUGCUUGCCUGUUUUUCCAUAUCACCCUGGUAUAAGCUGUCAGUAAAUAUUUCACAAAUGAAUUGAUUUUAUACUCAUGCACUAUAGGAGAGGAGAAUAGUCCAAACAUCUUGUCAUUGAAACACCUUUUCUAACCCAUAAGAGAGUGUGAUUGAACUAGGGAGUGGAAAAAGGACUUUUAAGACUUGGUCAUCAUGUGGCACAGAGAUGGCCAUGGUAGAUUUAGAGCCCAAAAAAGGGUUUUAAGUUCCAUCCCUGGCAUUUAAAGACAUGGUGACUUGGGACAGUCACUUGAUCUCUUUGAAUUAACAUUCUCUCCAUUACAAAUUGGGUGUGUACCAGCUAUGUCUUACUGAGUAACUAUAAGAUUCAAGUAAGAAGGGAUGAUUCUCCAAAUCUGUGCAAGUUUAUGUGCUGAGGCAUGUCUGCCCUGUGACUUUAAAACUUCCACUAAACAGCAAGGCCUCAUGUUCUCAGUUUCUUUCCACUUCCUUCUAAACCUUACUGACAUUCUUACUUUUGUCCAGAAGUGCCUGUGGAGCUGACCAGGAGGUAAGAGUGCUGCCCUUUGGCUGAACAACAGAAAACCAACUGGGCUUUGCUUCAACAGAAUCAGAGACCCACAGUGCAUCUUCAGGAUGAUUUGACUUUUUCUUGUGCUGAUGAUAAGAUAAAACAAAUGAAACUUAAAUUUAAAGUCUAUAUAGCAUUGACUAAGUACAGUUUUGCCAUUUUAGUCUAGAGUAUUAACAACCAGAACCUGACAUCAUGGAUGGCAGAGAAGCCUCCAGAAUACUUCCCAAGGAUGCCAAAAUUGAGAUUCCCGAAUUCUCUACUUAGAGUUUUGCUUUACUAGAUCUAAUAAUAGGUCAUGAUAGAAAUACCUUGCCAAAACUUGAAAAGUUCCAGAGCACUCAAGAGGUACUUUGAUAUUUUUAAAGUAAGUCAUAAGACUUAGAUGCUGGAAUACUCACCAGAAAGAGCAGCAACUUAAAAAGGGCAGACCUUUCCUAUCUUGCCCACUGCCCCCCUCAGCAGUGCAUUUCGUCAAUCUGCCUGUUCUGUUCCCCACUCUGUCUCUGGUAAAUCCUCUCACCCUCCCGCGCCUCUGGCCUGUAUCCCCGAUCUUGUAUAAAAAUAAUUUUUUUUUUUUUUUUAAAAGGAGCUAUGCGUUACUGGAAGUAGCUCUUAGUUUUCAUUCUAUUUUCAGGAAGUCACUGAAGGCUAGCUUUCCGAUGAUGCACUUUAAGUACCACAUAAUUCUGGACCUAGGGUUACUAUAUCUAGAAAUUUCAUAGACAGUUGGCUUCCAUUUUUUUAAAAUACAAGACAGUAGUAUAACUAUCUCAUGUGAAAAUAAGUCCAGCAAUGGCUUUAAUUAAAUGCUGUUAAGAAAUAUAUUGAUUAAUAGGCCAGAUGGUUCUCAGGUAAGCAACAUCAAGGAGCACUAAAUUUUCAUCAACAGUAAGCAUUCUGAUGAAAACACAGUGACUCUUUGUGUACCUCUGAGUGGACAUGUCUGGCCUAGGCCGUGUUUGUGAGGUAUAGCUUAAAGACAUCCUAGAAUUUCAUUCCCCCUUCCACUUGUCCCAGUAUUUCUGAGAAGCCUACUCAAUUCUACAGCUCCCCAGAUGUGGUUGGAAAUACCUAGGGAAAGGAUAUGCUUCUCUCUACUUCAUAUUAUACAUAACUUUAAUUUGCAAAUCCCUUGAAAAGAGAAAUUAUUGCUUAAGUCUACUCCAGGUCUAUCAAGUGGAUAUUGCAUUUAGUUUGACCAGUGUCUAUCCUCAAAGUGUCAACAUAAGACACCAUCUGCGUAAGGGAAUGUUAGCAACAGUUUGAGAGGUACAGCCUCAGGUGAAUCAGUGUGGUAGAGUGCAAGAGUCUUAGAAAAUGAAAUUCAAAAUGACUUCAGAGAUGAGGAAACUAGAGGUCUGGAAAUGUUAAAUGACAUUGUAUUAUCACUGACGCCACACACGUCUUACUAUUUUACCACAUUAGACAGAGAAUACGCAGGAGAAACUCCCAAAGUAGCUACAAAUACUCUGUGACCUCACAGAAUCUAGUUAAGGGACAAAAGGGGACAAUUCCACUGAGAAAACCAUUUCCUACAUUUAAAUAUAGCUUUGGGAUUUCAGAGCUUACUGGAAUCCAAAACUUUCCGAGCUGCCACCCCUAUAUGAGAUUUAAAACUCGAUCAAUUUGGUUUUUGAUGACAGAGAUGAAAGAGAGAGAGAAAGAGAGAGAAAGAGAGAGAGAGAGAGAGAGAGAGAGAGAGAGAGAGAGAGAGAGAGAGAGCAUAAACGCACAUUCUUUGCCAGGGAGUGGAAAGUUUCCAGAUAUAUUAGGUCAGAUAUAAAAGCAAAAAUACUCAACCACUUAAAAAGCUAACACUUAUGAAGACAAAGCUGAAUUUCCGUUCAUGCUCAUUAAGUUUUAAAAGCUUUCAGAGACCUUUUCAGUGGUGUUGAAAAGAAAACACGUGGUUUCAUGUUUACUUAGUUUAUCAAAAGAAAGAGAUGGAAUAGAGAGUAUGAGGUCAUUAGAUGAAACUCAUAAUAAAAACCCAGGCCUCCCGACACAUUACACACUGAAAACUUGAAAGUACUUAAAAAAUAAUACGAACAGCUAACAUUUAUUAAGCACUUUGUUAUUUUACCAGACACGGUAUCAUCUUUCAUCUUCACAAUAAUCCUAUGGAGGGGUACUGCUAUUCUGUUUCACAAACAAUAAUACAACUAAAAUAAAUACCCUGGAUGAUUGGGAAUAAUAAGUCAUUUUUUCAGUUUAAACUGGCAGAACUAGGUAUAAAUUGAUGAAAAGAAUGUUGAUGUGAUACAAAUUUUUGAAAUACUUGGAACAAAACUUGUGGGAGAACUUCUCCAGAAAGUAACACUAUAUAGCCCAGCCUUUGAUGUUAUUAAUCAUUCCAUUUCACCCUUUUGUAAGGUAAUCCAUAGUACCUGAAAAUGGGAAAUUACUUGGAAAAUGGGUGUAUUAGAUAUAUUAUUAUUUACCAGCCCGAGAUAAUGGACAGUGAUGUGAGUAAAAUCUGGAGAUUCUUGAGAAGUGAUUCCAGAGAAGGGAGUCCAGAAAACUGUAUUUAGAGAUACAUUAGAAAAAAUGCAUCAUGACUUUUCCAACCAUCCCAUAAUUUAAGAUAAGAACCUUGUGAUGAGACUCUCCUGGAUUAUCUCCAAACCAAGAGCAGAUUGUCCAUUGAGCAUUUGGAGGGUGUGUAAUCCUGAUUGACCUUGAUUUUAGACUUCUAGUCCCCAGAAGCAUGAAAGAAUAAAAUUUUGUAGCUUUUAGCCACCAAGUUUGUGGUAAUUUAUUAUGGAAAUCAUUAGAAAAUAAUACAAGUAUUCAGAGAACGGAAUUAGAACAAACUGAGUGAAAAUAAUAGGAUGAGCUUGUUUAAUUGUUGAAAUUGCUCAGAAGUGUGAGAAGCUGAAUUAAGAAAGCUUAACCUCCAGCAACUGGAGUUGUGAUUUAAUAGUUGAGUGGUCAGGAAGGAGAGACAAACAUAUUUCUAGAUAUAGUUUUCUGGACUCCCUUCUCUGGAAUCACUUCUCAUGAAUCUCCGGAUUUUACUCUCAUCAUUUUCCAUUAUUUCUGGCUGUGUAAACAAUAUAUAGUUAGAUCCAAAGAGGAAGAUCCCAAGGUCCCAAGGGAAGCUAAAAGUUAAUUUCAGUCAUGCCUGGAAAAUAGAUUGGGAGUGUCUGGCACAGCUUCCUAUCUUCAGCCAUCUCCCCAGUUGAUCACCUGAUACUUUUCUAUAUGCUUUCCUACAGGCAAAUAAAGACACCGUUUUCUUUUACUAUUACAAACCCUUUGUACCUCUAGAAGCUUAGGGAAACAAAGCUUGCAUAAUUUCAUUUAGCCUUAAAGCCAUCUAAAAAAUUUUUUCUUAUCUUUUUAGAGAGAAACAAUCGAAUCCAGGCACAGGUACUUGAUGCGAAAUUGCAUCAAACCAGCAGCUGUGUUUGCUGCAGUUUUGUAUUCAACUUCACGAAGUUUCCCUUGGUCGAAAAUGCACUAAAUCAACCCCAAGCUCAAAACAUCAGCAAACAGACAGAGACAGCAGAAAGGAACACCUGAUUUCCAUGAAAAAUAUAGUAAUACUGUAUUAGCUAGGGGAGCUCCUUUUUGUGUUGCUGUAUGGUUGCACACGACAACAUAAAUUGGUCUAGAAUGGAACCUCCCCUUGUUGGCAGAGUCACCCAAAGGAAUGGAGAGAUCAAUAAUAAACCCAGCUGGUGUAAUAUUGAAUUGUUGCAAAACCAACUCAUAAUGGAUAGCAAGUAAAAACACUGUACCCAUUAAAAUAUGGCAUUAUUGCCAUAUGCAGCAACAUGGAUGGAGUUAGAAGGGAUCAUGCUCAGUGAAAUAAGUCAAAAAGCAAAAAAAAACAUCGAUGGUCUCACUUAUGGGAGGAAUAUGGGGGAAACAAAUAAGGGAUCAGGAAAAAAAAUAACAAUUAAAAAAUAUAACAAAACCAAACAACAAUAAGAGACAACUAUAAAUCAGAGACAUUCUGCAGGGGAGAGGAGGGAAGGAGACCCAAAUGAAGGCAGGAAGAGCACAAUCGACUACAGUGAUGGUGCACGGGUGCAUGGGUGGUGGAAAUUCUAUGGAGACUACACCUGAGAAAAGAAAGCAAACAAUGUAAAAAAAAAAAGAAUAAUGAUCUAAAAUAUAUAUAAAGUAUAAUUUAAAUUUUUUUUUAAAAUAUGGCAUUAUUGAGAAAAUCAAACACAUUUGAAACAUAAAGUAAAAAGAAUGGAAUCCAAUUAGAUGAUCUGAUCAGAGGGUUUUAAGAAACCAAUGCAGUUCUUUUUUAUUUUAGAUAUUUUUUACAUUUUUCAUUUUUGUACAAUGUACGCAUUUGCAUCUUGGUUAUAGUCCCUGUAAAAUUCCCUUGUUUUGAUACUACUCCCUUCUCCCCCCCGUAGUGUGUCUCUGGUUUAUAAUUGCCUGCUGAUUUUGAUUUUUACUUUAUUAUAAAUAGUCUUUUUCCUGAUCCCUUAUUAAGGUUUUCUAAAUUCCUGCGAUGAGAAAGACUAUCAGGUAUUUUUCUUUUUCUUUCUGACUUAUUUCACUGAGCAUGAUCCCUUCCAGCCCCAUCCAUGUUGAUGAAUAUGUGAUGGGGUAGUUCCAAGAAGCUCUAGUUUUGGUAUGAGCUGGUAAGUGGAGACCACAAGAAACUCAGGCUGUGUCAUCAAGUGCAUGACACAGUCAUUGAGAACACAGAAAUUUUGGAGAAGUAGGCUGGGCUUGCUUUCGUUUUCCAAAAAGAAAUGAUAACAUUAGCAUCUAGAACUAAAGCUCUAGUUUCUACAGUAGUGCUGCAUUAAGACUGUUCCCUGAUUCAUUUUUUACUUAACCCUCAAUAACUGUUUUAAUUUUAUUUACUUUAUUAUUAUUGAAGUAACACUGGUUUAUAAUAUUGUAUAUAAUUUAGGGGAAUAGGUCCACACCUCCCGCAUAUAUAUCACCACACCUACCACCAAAGCACCCUUAUUUCUUUACAGUAGUCCACUGAGCUCACUCCUCCUGUCCCUCCCUCCAUCCUCCCCUCUACUAAUUGAGUAGCCUCAAUUCUACAGUCAUAUUUCUAAGGUUUGUUUUGGUUUAGAUAGAGAAAUUCAACAAAUGAACAGGUCCCCGAUUUAUUUCCUCUGUGGACAAAACUAGGACUGGUCUACAGGUACAGAAGGGGCAGGAACUUUAAAAAAAAGGUGACCAAAAUUCUUCCCAAUCAUGAGAGACAUUGUAUUAAUUGCCAUCACCAUUCUUCAGGGUGUUGUAGUGUAAGUGAUAGGUCUCUUUAGGAAAAAUGACACAUUAACUCAAACUGACAUUAAGGAAGGAACAGUUGGCAUCCAAUCUUGAAACCACAUUCUCUUAGUGGUUUUGGAUAGCAUGGGCUUACCCGGUUCUGGAGGGUUUCAAUUUUUGAAGGUAGAGAUGAUACUAAUAAACUUUACAUCAUCACCUUGUACAAAGCAGAAACUUGAGGGAAAUUCCUGUGUGUUAGAGGUGAAAGAAAAGCAAAAGGGAGCUAAGAAAAAGAAUUUUGUCUCCCAAAGUCAAAUUACUGGUCUGUGAUUUACCCAGAGCAGAUACCCCUUUCUUGGUAUUAAAAGCAAAGUACCAAGACACCUGUUGGUAUUAAAAGCAAAGUCUGUCUCUCAAAAAUAAUGACUGAUGUCUUCAUUGCAGUAAUAAGUAAUGAUACAAAUUGGCCUUGACCCUACGGGUAUUAAUUUUAUGUGAAAAGUAAAGCAAGAACAUGCCGUUUGGGGCUUUGUGAAAAAUGACUCUGAAUAUCCAUCAUCAGAUAGCGAGAUGGAGCACCAAAACUUUGCUUAAUUCUGGCAAGAACCCUCCCCUACAUCUCUUAAAUAUAGCAUCUUUGUCACGUCACUGCCACCUAGCAGCAGUUACUAAGAGACACCCAGGACUGAUUUGUUGGAAAACACUCAUUCCUCCUAAUACUGAUCUUUAGAAGCUGCUGUCAAUCUCCUUUCUUAACACUACCUCCCACAGAUUUCUUGUCCUGAAGUCCUUCAUCUCUGCUCUCUGGACUCAUGACAAAUCAGCAAACUCCAGGGUCCCUGCCCUUUUUUCUAUAGGUUUCCUUUCAUCUCUUGCGCUAUGUAAAUCCCCCUCUCCUAGCCCAGGACAGUGUUUCCCGUAGACCUCUGCAGUGGUCUUGCUUUUUUUGUAGCACUGCACAGGGGCAUGACUAGGGGAGGUACCUUUUAUAUCCCUCUUUGCCUUUCCUGGUUUGUUUUUAUUCUGAUUCUUUGAAAAGUCCCUUUCUUGAACCCCAAGUCCUCAGUUCACUAGCCUUGUUCCUUUUAUAGUCAUCUCCACCACCAUCACACUUGCUCAUUCCUUGAAGGUCUUAGUUUCUAAGUGUCACUGUCUCCAAAACUACUUCUGUUAUAAUUAUUUGUUCUAUCAAUAGAAGGAAAAAAAAAGCAGGUACAGGCCAAAGGCGCGGGAGGGUGAGAGGAUUCACCAGAGACAGAGUGGGGAGCAGCAGGUACAACAGGAGGGGUCUGCUGUGCCAUGUGGGAAUCUCCCUAGCUGGCUGGGAAUCGAACCCGCACUGCAGAGGCUGCGGACAGCUUCACAGCGCUGUGCUCAACCCGAUGAGCCACUGGGGAAGACCUCUGAUACUAUUUAUACUAGAAUAUUUAGUGACACACACAUUGCAGAAGCAUUUGGUAGUUACUGCCUAUACAGUUGUGCUCUGUAUAAAAAUUUGUGUUUGUUUAUUUUGGGAAUUAUUUACCUUUCUUCUGUGUUUCUUACCAAAACUCUAAACACUCUGGUUUUUUGUUUUGUUUUGUUUUGAAUUCAACUAUAUGACUGGCUCGAUUUCCAAGAUACAUCUGCAGAAAACAAAAAGAAUUGAAUAUACUAAGUAUUUUUCUGAUUCUCUUUCAAACUUUGGAGUAAAAACAAGCUUUAGUCAAUAGCAUGUGACCAUGAAAGUUUCUGAAUGAGAAGAAAAAAAUAGACAAAUAGAUGAUGAAAAAAUAAAUAUGGUAUUGUUGGUUUAAAUUUAUCUUA